AUGACGGAGACACAGAGCUGCAAACGGACAAGGACACCAUCACCACCACCACCACCUCUUCAGGACAAGGACACCAUCGACCACCACCACCUCUUCAGGAUAAGGACACCAUCGACCACCACCACCUCUUCAGGACAAGGACACCAUCGACCACCACCACCUCUUCAGGACAAGGACACCAUCGACCACCACCACCACCACCACCACUUCUUCAGGACAAGGACACCAUCGACCACCACCACCACCACCACCACCACCUCUUCAGGACAAGGACACCAUCGACCACCACCACCACCACCACCACCUCUUCAGGACAAGGACACCAUCACCACCACCACCACCACCUCUUCAGGACAAGGACACCAUCGACCACCACCACCACCACAACCUCUUCAGGACAAGGACACCACCACCACCACCACCACCACCUCUUAA